GGAAGUGUGAAUCUAUCGUAGUAGUUAGCUGUUUUGCUACAAAAAUGGAAGCGAUAGGUCCCUACAGAAUAAUGUUGGGGCUGCUUUUAACUUGCAGUUGCACACUGGCAGCGACCGCAUCGUCCGAUGCAUUCGACGGAGUUUUGGGAAACACCGCCUCUUGCCACAAAACAUGUCAGAUGACCUAUAGUUUGCAUACUUAUCCACGGGAGGAGGAACUAUAUGCCUGCCAGAGAGGUUGUCGUCUGUUUUCCAUUUGUCAGUUUGUCGGAGACACUGAAGACCUCAAUCAAACUAAAUCAGAGUGCGAAUCUGCUUGUCAUGAGGCAUAUUCCCAGGCUGAUGAACAGUAUGCCUGUAAUCUCGGAUGUCAGAGCCAACUUCCUUUUGCUAAGAUAAGGCAAGAACAGCUUUUAUCCAUGAUGCCAAGGAUCCAUCUACUCUACCCACUGACUUUAGUGAGAGGAUUCUGGGAUGACGUUAUGAGCCAGGCUCAUAACUUUAUCAUGUCAUCCUGGACAUUCUACCUCCAAGCAGAUGAUGGAAAAGUAGUUAUUUUCCAGUCUGAGCCACAAGUUCAGUUUGUCCCUCAGCUCGAGUACCAGAUGGAGGAGGAGGAUGUACCACAGAACUCAUACCAAGGAUUGAGUAACCCUGUUUACAAAGACUACCAUCGCAGCUACAUUCAGGAGAGAGACAGAGAUAUGUUUGUGGACCGAGGCAACAGUGAGGAUCAGUCUAGCCUGUUUGGCUGCCUGUCAAGGAACCCAUGGCUUCCAGGCUGGAUUCUGACCACCACUCUGGUUCUGUCAGUCCUGGUUCUGAUUUGGAUUUGCUGUGCCACAGUGGCUACUGCUGUUGACCAGUAUGUCCCUGCUGAGAAAUUAAGCAUCUAUGGGGAUAUGGAGUUUAUGAAAGACCAGAAGCUGACACCAUACUCCCCAUCCUCUCUAGUGAUCCUCACCUCUAAUGGAGAAGAGAUGGAGGCGGGACCCCUGCCAUCCAAAGUCAACCUCAAUCAGUCCAAUAUCUAGGAAAGGCAGCUUCAUUUUCUGACAAAUAUUUGAUAGGGUGGUAUUUUAAAGAAAAGCAAAAAUGAGUCCUAUGAUAUUGGUCUUAUUCUUAAGCAGUUUACAUUUUCACUUGAAAUUGCAUUGAUGGAUUCUAGCACAUUUUCUAUGACUUUCUCCUAAGCAUUUGAACUGCUCUAAGCAAAGGUACGGGGAGGAUAAUUGUAUCUGUGUAUUGGCAUGAUUGAAGCAUUACACUGUCAAUGAUCCCUGUUUCACUACGUUUUUUAAAUCGCUUUACUUCUUUUUCGGAGGGGGGGGGUCUGAAAGAUCCAUUUAGAAACUGUUUUUUUCCCUGGAUUAAUAUUGGUGUGUUAACUACGGUUUCGGUCCAAGAGGUGUUGUAGUUAAUAGUGAGUUCCAUAUGGAUUAACUCAUGCUAAACCCAUUCCCUGGUCUUAGGUGGUGUGUCUGGGAUGACACGGGGUAUAUUGAGCUUCAUGAGGAAAUGUAUAAACAGUAGCUAGCCCACCGUGUGAUUACUGUUACACAUAAGAAUGGAUGUUUGUAAUUAAACUAUGUGUCUCCCAAAUAAAAUUCUUUAAAAUA